UUCAGUUUUUUUGUCUUUGUACACCAGGAGCCCCUCCCAUGAUAGACUGUUGAUACUUUAUUCAGGAUAUACUGUUACAACACACAAACUCGUGCACCAAGCACACACACAUUCACCCAGAUGCUGCUCCCACACAUUACAGCAGAGUCCAGGAAUGAGGAGAGACUCAGUUCUAAUGGAAAAGAAUGUGUGGAGUGCUGGGGAGGUUUAACAGUCGGAGCUAAAGACAGGGAGAACAGUUCUCUGUUUGUAUAAGGUGGAGUGGUUGUAGUUAAUAAGUAACAGUCCCUUCAGGUUCAAAGGUUCAGUCACACUCGGAACUGGGAAAACUUCCUUGGGUGGCAGUUGAAAACAACACUUGCGUAUUUGAAUUUGUGUUAUUUUGUGAAGUUUUGGAGAAUCCGAGAUGGGAAAGAAGCAGGCAGGUACAGGGCCGCUGUCGAGGCGUCCGGAUAACUCAGCGUUUAAACAGCAGAGGUUACCUGCCUGGUCUCCAUCUCUCACGGCACAGACCGUGCUGCCAACCUUCUACAUCCUCUCUCUUGUGUGCUUGUUCCUGGGCAUAUGGCUCUUCAUCACUGUUGAGAACACAUACGAACUGAAGGUCGACUACACCAAUGCUGGAACAUGUGAACGGUGCUUUGAUUUGAGGAAGCAUGUCAUCGCCUCCAAAACACCCUGCACAUGCACAGUCAGCUUCCAGGUUCCAAAAACAUUCCAGGGUGAUGUAUUCUUUUACUACGGUCUGAGGAACUUUCAUCAGAACCUGCGGAGGUACAUGGACUCCCGCGAUGAUGCACAGAUGGUGGGGAGGAAGAACAACCUGAAGGCACCGAGUUCGUACUGCGCUCCGUUCGAUUACGAUGCAAACAGAGUGCCCAUUGCCCCCUGUGGUGCCGUGGCCAACAGCAUGUUCAAUGAUUCAUUAACAGUGAUGUAUAAUCCAGCGGUUGGGUCAGAAAUACAAGUUCCACUCUACAGGAAAGGCAUUGCAUGGUACACGGACAAAAACGUCAAGUUCCGUAACCCUCCGACCAACGACACGUUCACACUCCAACGAGCCUUUGAAGGCACGACUAGGCCCUUAUAUUGGCAGCGUCCGGUUUAUGAGCUGGAUGACACAGACUCCAACAACAAUGGCUUCAUAAAUGACGACCUGAUUGUUUGGAUGAGAGAGGCAGCCUUCCCUAAUUUCAAAAAGCUUUAUGGGGUUCUCAAUCGUGCUCAAGGGCCUUUCACUGAAGGCCUGCCACCUGGAAACUACACCCUCUAUAUAAAUUACAAUUUUCCUGUUGAGCCCUUUAGAGGUCGGAAGGAGCUGGUGAUCUCCAUGGUGACCUGGUUUGGUGGGCAGAAUUACUUCCUGCCCAUAGCGUACCUGGUGACCAGUGGACUGAUUUUGGUGGCAGCUGUUGUACUCACGAUGGUUUAUGUGAAAGUGGGCAAAAAAGGCAAGAACAUGGAGGACUAAACCAAAAGAAGAUGGAAAUAUCCAACAGGAAAGAAUGACAUCAAAUUGCACUACAGGGUCAUUAUUAGGCAUAUUGAAAACUAUUGAAAUUUAUUUUAAAGUUUACAUAUCAGACACUAUAAUUUUGAGAAAAUGUGUUGACCAAAGCCCAUUUGAUACGGUUCUCUAAUUAUAUUUAUAGUAUGAUAUAAAGUGGGAUUCAAAAUUCUGAGUUCACACUAAAAUAUGAGUAAAAAUAAAAUAGUGUGUGUGAUUUGUGUUAUUAUAUGAUUUGGAUUGGAAACAAACAAACCUGUAUGAAAGCAGACAGUUGCAUAAAAUUGCAUUUUACACAUGGACUUUUGAACCCCGCUAUAAGCUUCAUGAUUAUAUUCUGUUGAGCUGUGAAACUGGCCUGUAUUUUCAGACAAGAAAUUAUAAUUUCAAAAUAUAUAUGUAUAUAUAUAGUUUUUAAACAGUAUGCAGUUACAGACUAUUAUUAAUAUUAAUAGUCAGUAUUAAGUAUGUUCCGCAUAUUUGCAGUUACCAGUAAUGUGUCCUAACUGCCAGCAGGAGGCGCCUGUGACAAUCCUGCUCUGUGAACGCGCAGCGCGAUUACAAACCUCCUGUGUGUGUUUACUGAACACCGCGUUUACUUGUUAUACAGCACACGACUGGCAAUUUUGAAAUUUGAAAGUUGCAUUAGAAUGCAUCAGUUUACAAACUUGACUUAUGUAUUUGCUACGGGCUUUCAAUACUCCAGACAGUUUACAAAGUAACUCCUUGCUCGUCAGUAUAUAAUUCCACUCAGUCAGGCGCUAAUAUUUGCAGGACAUUUUAGGACACUUGUCGGUCUGAAUUGAUUUUGAGGAACUUUGUAUACACGGGUGGAAAAUCAAUAGGAGUAGAUGACGUAUCAGUGAGUGACAGCAGUGUUUUCUAAUUAUUCUGUAAUUAUUACACCUGCAUUAUGACCUAUGAUAUUAAUUAAGGGACGACAUAAAAUAUUUGAACUUUAAAAUGUUCUGGUCACACUGCAACACUACUUGAAUGAACUACAAAAUAGUGGGUCAUUAAAAUAUUAAAAAAGAAUUGGUAAAUGUGUGUAAAAAUAUUAUUUUGCACAUAUGUAAUUACAUUAUUUUAAUAUGAAAUUUUGAUGUUGAAAAAUAAAUUUUGGGAUUUUAACUGGGGUCGCAUUAAUAAAUGUGCGUUUAUAUGUUAAUAGUUAUGUGAAUAUUAAAUAAAAAUAAGAAACAGCACUGCUGAAUAAAUUUGAAAGCCAUGAUACAUUCAUUAAUCCAGUUGUCUAAAAAAGAUAUAUAUAAAACUUCAGUUUAACAUUUAAAAUUGUUUUAUAUACAAUCAAUCUACAGUACCUAUCAUCAUUUAGAGACAGAUGUACAGUGAACAGCAGACACACAUGGACACAAACAGACUUGCACAGAAACACAUCACAUACAACUCUGACAGGAUUUCAAAAACUAUAAGCAGACAUGCACAUACACGACUGAAUCUGGUAUACUUUUAAACUCACAAAAACAUUAAACAUACAUGCACUUCCACAGAGACACCACUGUGGACAUUGCAUUGCUUUAAGCCAGUAAACUAUCGCAAGUACCGAAAUAUGACUUUUUUUGAUAUUGUACUAAAGGACAAAUGUAACAGUGUACAAAUCUGACUCUGAACAUACAUCACCCUGGCAUCCAAAAUCCAUAGUGUGAGGCAAUGUUUGGUCUGAUAACAUUAAAUCAAAUGGAUAAUAUGCUUGGACUGAUUAUCCAUCAGGUUGUUUGGUCAAGUCAACGAUUAAAAGAAAAAAAAAAGACAUAUAAAGACAACUUGGCACAGAGCAAUGCACAGAG